AUGUCCGACAAAUCCCAGAACCAACAAGCCGAAGACCAGCAGCAUGAAGCCUCACAGCCCAAGGAGGAAUUAACACCCUACGAAGUGAUGCUCGCGUCCGCACCACCCGACUACCUAACCAACAUUCCACAAGAGGACACCCGCGCCCUUCCCCUCGGAAUACCCAAUCUCCUACUUUUUCUACGGCCCGCUGACCACGCCAUCAACGCUCCAAAGAAUCCUCGACCUGGCCGACGAGCCGGAGCUCCGAAAAGCCUAGCUCGUAGGCUACGCGCUGGCCAGAUGGGGCGACUAUCCAGCGUUGAUCGACGGCGAGCAAGAACAGAUCGUCUCCGGAUCGGCGUAUCUGGUCAAUAG